UCUUUAAAAAAUUUUAUUUUAUUUAACAACUAAUUGAUACAAAUUAAAGGUAGGCCAUACAUUUUUAUUAGACACAAAAUAUUCACAGCCAUUAGAAGCGAUGUUUAUAGAACAGAAUAAACCGACACCUAUGGUAAUGAGCUGUUUCGGUCUAGGAUUAAAUCGUAUCAUUACAUUAGUUGUCGAAAUCUUGUCAAUAAAUGAUGAGAUGAGGUGGCCUGUAAAGUUAGCAUCAUAUACAGUAUGCAUCAUACCACCAAAGGCUGGAAGCAAAGAAGAAAGUACAUCGGCCUAUAUUGAACAGCUAUUUAAGAUAUUCUUCUACAAACGCAAUAUUGAUACAAUAUUGGAUGAUCGCUUGCAUUACACGAUUGGUAAACGAUUAGUGUUUGUGCGUCGAUUGAAUUAUCCUUUACAUAAUUGUCAUUAG